AGUCGUGAGUGAAAUCGGUAAGAGGAUUUUGGUGUAUUUACGUACGGUAAUGAGCGUAACACCCCGGAGAAGUUCACGGAGGCGAAGAAGCGAGUCAGAAGACCCUUUUUUAAGGAAGUUGCGAUGCCUGGAAGAAGAAUACAGGCGGUCGCGUUUUCGACACGGGCGCACGAGAUCUCGGCGAAGGGGCUCGGACUCUAGCCAUAACAGGCGAUGUAGUGCAGAUGACUCUGAUAAAGAGAAUGGCGAGCGUAUCGCAGGUGUAUACAGACGAACGUCACAUUCUAAUCAGAGUCACUUAACCUCAUCCAAAAGGGACCGUUCAUCAAGUUUGUCUGAUGAAGUGAGCGGCGAGUGCCAUCGGCGAGCUCCAUCACGCUCGAGUCGGAGACGUUCGUAUUCGAGUGAGAAGGAUACGCUGAUUUCAGCGAUCGAGUCUGACAGAGAGGGCGGUGAGUGUAAUCCGAGAGAUACGUCACGUCCUAGUCACAUAUCACUUGAAUCGGCAAAACAGACCGAUACCGAGGGAACGUUGGGCUUACUUGGAGAUGAUCCAGCCAAAGACACCCAAAAAGGUCCCGAUAUUCAUGUAGCUGUAGCGGAACGCUGGGAUAAAAUAUUGCGAGAUGGUCUAUCGAAAGAUCAAAAGCGCGAUCUUCAAGAUAAAUAUCCUACAAUCGGUAAUUGUCCUCUAACCAGAGCGCCAAAACUUAACCCCGAAAUCAAGACUGCCUUAUCGGCGCUUGCGGGAAAAAAGGACCACUACCAGUACCUGGCCCAAAAUCAGCUGGGAGCGGGAAUUAAUGCUAUCGGCGCAGCAUUAACGGAGGUGUUAAAGGCGGAGAAAAGCAUUGAAUUGGCGGUCGAUUCCACAAAAUUUAUUGAACGCCUUGCCGAUGCAGGUAGAAUCCUAGCGGACUUGCACCAUGAUAUGUCAAAAACAAGAAAAUCGUUUAUUGUACCAGGAUUAAAUCCUAUUGUAAAACAGAUUGCGGAUGAAAGUCCGAUCGAUGGCCUAUUAUUCGGAGAAAAAUUCUCCGAAAAUCUCAAAGGCGCAAAAGUCAUGGAAAAAGCUUCCAAGGAUGUGAUAAAGCAAGGGGGAAGCUGCUACCGGAAGAGUAUUGGUACCACGUCACGAGAUGAAAAUCGUAGAUUCCAGUCAUCGCGUUGGAAGCAAAGUGGAUAUCCCAGCCAUCAUCAAGGCGAGAAGUUAAACUGGCGUCGUCCCUUCGGUAUGAAUUAUCGAGGCACUCAGCGGAAGGGACAGAAAUCGAAAGAGCCCCGGCCCAAGGACAAUAGUCAGCACAAGGAUUAGACUUGACAACACCACCCGUUACGAGCGUCGCUUUCCCUGGUUGCCGGGAGAUUAUCGGGCAAGCGUUUAGGUUAAAAGGAGUGCCUCAAGACUCCAUUCCAGUGAUGAUGAAGUCCUUAUCAGAUGGGACAAUCAAGCAAUAUCAAAAACCACUAAAUUUAUGGUGGGAAUUUUGCCAAGAAAACAAGAUAUGUGUCUUUCAGGCACCAAUUCCAAAAGUUCUGGAAUUUCUAACGCGUUGUUUAAGUCAAACAAGAACAUACGGUACAUUAAAUUCAUAUCGAUCGGCCGUGGCGUUAGUUGCGGGAGAGGAGAUAGGGCAACAUCCAAUAAUUAAAAGAUUUUUUCGAGGUGCGGCUCACUUACGGCCUCAAACUCCAAAAUAUGAGGAAAUUUGAGACCCCGAUCCAGUACUAUGUUAUUUGAGGACCCUUUGGCCCCACGAAACAUUAACCUUUGAAUUACUCACUAAGAAGUUAGUUAUGUUAUUAGCGUUAGCUACGGCGCAAAGAGUACAAACACUCACCAAAAUUAGGAUUAGUAAUAUCAAAAUAUUUGAUACGGAAAUUAGAAUUAAGAUAUCAGAUAGAAUAAAAACAUCGGGUCCGGGAAGGAUACAACCGAUGUUACAAUUGCCGUUUUUCAAAGAACAGUCGCGGUUAUGCGUGGCGACCAUUUUAUGCCAGUACAUAAAACAAUCGGCAAAGAUAAGAAAGCAAAGCGAAGAUAGGCUAUUAUUAACGUACAAGAAGCCACACGGGGUGGCGACGCCACAGUCAGUCAGUAGGUGGCUUAAAAGUGUUAUGGCCAAAAGUGAGAUUGAUACAAAGAACUUUGGUUCGCAUAGCACAAGGCAUGCCUCUACAUCCGCGGCGUCUCGCAGAAGUGUGGAUAUUGAGGCGAUUCGAAGAGCCGCAGGUUGGACGGAAAAAUCGGAUACGUUUACACGGUUUUAUAAUCGGCCUGUGAUAAAAAACACGAGUGUAGCGAGAUCGGUUAUCGGGGUAGAGAUUUAGCUUUAAGUUUGUUAUAAGGAUAAGGUUUGUCAAGACUGUCAAAGUUCUAUCCACUUUAAAUGAGUUAAAAUACAAAUUGCAAUAAUCUUUAAACAUCUACCUAUUGAUCUAGAGGACAAGACGAUGCAGCAUAAUUGUACGAUCAAACGAACUUACCUUAGUGAUGUUCGAUCGUGAUUAUGCUAGACGUCUUGUCCGAAUAGAUCAAACCCCCCCUUCUUUAGUUAGUCCCAACCCGCUUGAUCUAUUCGGCUUGCAAUUUGAGGGCUUUGAAAUGUAAUGGCGUAGUGAGGGAACAGGUCUGCCACCAUAGCGGGAAGCGGGAAAUUGUUGAAAUUGUUGAAAUUUAAAAACUGUGACGGAUCGAGCAACUGGCGUUACUACCUAUUGAUCUAUUCGGACAAGACGUCUAGCAUAAUCACGAUCGAACAUCACUAAGGUAAGUUCGUUUGAUCGUACAAUUUUCUUUCAUAUAGUGGAGCAAUUACUAAACUCGAUGGAAAUGGUCGUCCAAUUAUUCCGGAAUCACUAAAGAAUCAAGUCGAGUCAGUCGAAGAUUUUGAUGAGAAACUGAUUUACCAAAUGCAAUCAAUUCCCAAAGACAAAAAUAGAAUUAACAUAUUAAGAGAAAAUACACGUUUAAGCCAUUUAAAGGAAGGUAAAGAACAAAUCUGGGAAAUCAUUUCGAGCUUCCACGAUAUCUUUGUAUUGCCAGGAGACCCGUUACCUAAAUCCGCAGUAUUAGAACACGAAAUUAGAACAACUGACGAAGUUCCUAUUCAUACAAAACAGUAUUGGUAUCCACCUAUUCACCAGGAAGAAAUUAAAAGACAGGUCGCGGACAUGCUCGAGAAAGGAAUAAUUCGAGACAAAGAUAGCCCAUAUAAUAAUCCUCUGUAGAUCGUACCCAAGAAUAUAGACGCUAGUGGGAAACAAAAAUGAAGGUUAGUCAUCGACUAUCGAAAACUUAACGAAAAGACGAUUCAGGACGCGUAUCCCAUACCUAACAUCGAUGAGAUACUAGAUAAAUUAGGUAAUGCUAAAUACUUUUUCGCAUUCGACUUAGCUUCGGGAUUCCAUCAAAUAGGAGUAAAGGACUCAGACAUUCAAAAAACCGCUUUCUCUACUAACGACGGUCAUUUCGAGUAUGUCAGGAUGCCAUUCGGAUUAAAAAACGCUCCUCCGACUUUCCAAAGAAUGAUGAACCGAGGACUACGUGGUCUAAUAGGAAAUAAUUGUUUUGUAUAUAUUGAUGACAUAAUUGUGUUUGGACGUACUCUAGAGAAACACACUAAAAAUUUAAAGUUAGUAUUUGAAAGACAGGCAAUGCGGGUUAAAGCUUCAGCCUGAUAAGUGCGAAUACCUAAAACCAGAAUUGGAAUAUUUAGGUCACGUCAUAUCAGCCGAUGGAGUAUCCCCUAACCCGAAACGAAUAGACAAUAAAAUAAUUUUUA